GCAACAAUGAUUUUGGAUGCGUUGGCUUAUCGAGAAUUACCUGAAGAUGCCUUGAAUCCAGAAGAUCUUGCUUUGCGAAUUGAGAAUAAGCUUUUCGAGAUUCAUCGUGGUACCACAGAUAAGUAUAAAGCAGGUGUACGAAGUCGUGUAUUCAAUUUGCGCGACAAAAAGAAUAUUGCGCUGAGAGAAAAUGUCCUUGUUGGUGUGGUUACACCAGAAAGAUUCGCGACUAUGACGAGCGAUGAAAUGGCAUCGGACGAAAUGAAAAAACAACGUGAAAAAUUCACUAAAGAAGCAAUCGAUGAACAUCAGAUUGGUGAACAAGAGGGUACUCCUUCAGAUAUGUUUAAAUGCGGAAAAUGUGGCAAAAAGAAUUGCACAUAUACACAAGUGCAAACUCGUAGUGCUGAUGAACCAAUGACCACUUUCGUUUUUUGUCGAGAAUGUGGUAAUAGGUGGAAGUUUUCCUAG